CCCACGAGGCCCAUUUCGCAUUUACUCGCAAUCAUACAGCUUUGCGUGGUGUUCGUCGUCUCCGUCGCUUCUUCUUCAGCCAUAUUCAGAACGAAUUCGGGAUUUCGAAAUACUUUGGGUGAUUCCCAGAAAUCCGAGUCGAUCAGUUGAGUCCAAUCCUAGGGUUUCUUCAUCGGCCUGAUUCUCUCUCGUGCCUGCUUGGGAUUGAGUUCAGUUCGAGUGAUGAAACUCGUCCUCGCCCCGGAGCUGUUCGAUUUGGUAUCUGAUGGGUAUUACCGGGUCAGCAAUCCCGAAAUAGCUGCCGAAGUUCCGAUUCUGUUGUAAUCUGCGUCGUGUUUCUUAUCUGGAAAUUGGCACCAAUGGCUGAACUGAAAGAACGCCUGCUUCCUCCAAGACCCGCUUCAGCCAUGAACCUGAGAGAUUCGGUGUCAAGACCUUCUGCUUCUGGAAGACAACCUUUGCAAGGGCUUGAUGUUUUGGGUCUCAAGAAGCGCGGACAAGGGCUUCGGUCAUGGAUUCGUGUCGAUACUUCUGGCAACACCCAAGUCAUCGAGGUCGACAAGUUCACAAUGAUGCGUCGGUGUGAUUUGCCAGCCCGUGAUUUACGGCUGCUUGAUCCUCUGUUUGUGUAUCCGUCAACCAUCUUGGGCCGAGAGAAAGCUAUUGUUGUGAACCUGGAGCAGAUCCGUUGUAUUAUUACAGCGGACGAGGUUCUGCUCUUGAAUUCCCUUGACAACUACGUGUUCCGGUAUGUGGUUGAAUUGCAGCAGAGACUAAAGACCAGUUCUGUCGGUGAGCUUUGGCAACAGGACAGCUCAGAACUGAGCAGGAGGAGGAACAAGAGUUUUGACAAUGGUUUUGGGAAUUCAUCCCCUGAUUAUUUGCCUUUUGAGUUCAGAGCUCUUGAGGUUGCCUUAGAAGCUGCUUGUACCUUCCUUGAUUCCCAGGCUUCUGAGUUGGAGAUUGAGGCAUAUCCAUUAUUAGAUGAGCUCACAUCAAAGAUCAGUACCUUAAACUUGGAACGUGUUCGUAGACUAAAAAGCAGACUUGUAGCUUUGACGAGAAGAGUUCAGAAGGUGCGUGAUGAAAUCGAGCAGCUAAUGGAUGAUGAUGGGGAUAUGGCAGAAAUGUAUCUGACAGAGAAGAAGAAAAGAAUGGAAGGAUCUUUUUACGGUGACCAGUCAUUACUUGGGUACCGAUCAAAUGAUUGUCUAUCUGUUUCUGCACCAGUUUCUCCUGUCUCUUCUCCACCCGAUUCUAGGAGACUCGAGAAAAGCUUGAGCAUUGCGAGAAGCCGGCAUGACAGUGCAAGGAGUUCAGAAGGUGCAACAGAGAAUAUAGAGGAGCUAGAGAUGUUGCUGGAAGCUUAUUUUGUUGUCAUCGAUAGCACUCUAAACAAGUUAACAUCGUUAAAGGAGUACAUCGAUGAUACCGAGGAUUUUAUUAACAUUCAAUUGGAUAAUGUUCGGAAUCAGCUGAUACAGUUCGAGCUGCUGCUGACUACUGCAACCUUCGUUGUAGCCAUUUUCGGGGUCGUGGCUGGAAUCUUUGGGAUGAACUUCGAGAUAGACUUAUUCCACCAGAGAGAUUCUUUCAAAUGGGUUCUGAUAAUAACUGGUGUCUGCGGCCUCGUUAUAUUCUUGGCAUUCGUCUGGUUCUUCAAGUACAGAAGACUCAUGCCCCUGUAAAACAAUUGAUGCUCACAAACAGUGGCGAUUGCUUUUAUAUUUUUCUUUUUGUUGUAUUUCUAUCUAUUCUGCUUCACAGAUGAAACAUUAAUUCGGAGAAAAAAAGAAGAAGAAUAUACAUAUAUAUGAGAAAGAAGCUCCAACUUGGGGCAGUUCAUUCAAACUCA